UCACAUGUGUAUGCAAAUAUUAAAUAGGUAUAGAGAAACUUUAGUGGCAGAAAAACAAGCUAAGAUGGCAAUUGGAAAAAUGUCUGGAGAAAGCGUCAAAGCAACUGGGGAAGAUCUUGUAUGGAAUACUGAGCUCGAAGUCAGUCUAUUUUAUGCCAUGAGAGGACAUAAACCAGUCGGUGUAAACAAGAAUUUUCAGAUGAUGUGUAUCCAUGAGAAGUUCAACCAAGCCACAGGUCGUCAGGUGACCUCUAAGCAGAUCUGGGAUCAUCUGGAUACCCUCUAUGAUAUGCAAGCAUUGCACGAGUCCGAGAUCUUGCCGUUCCCGAACAAGGAGGUGGACUUCUCUUUACCGACGAAUGAAUUUCAAGAGAUGAUGCAACAGAGAAGCAAGUCCGGAGAACCUUUCAAGGGUUUCUCAUCUUCAUCACACGAUAGCACCAAAUCAGACUCGGCCAAAUCCUCCAUGAAGUUUGGAACGCCGAGCGGCAUCGCUGCCGGGACACCGUCGGAGAAAGACAACUCGCCGAAGAGGAAGAGGACACGGCAAGCCGGUACACCCACAGAGACGCCUUCCUCCAAGCGCAGAAGAUGAGGAAGCUCUCUGUGACAAACUUUAAAGGACUUAAACUCAAACUUUGUAUCGAUGUCUGUGGCCUUUCAGAGAUGAACUUCAACGAACGUGGUGUGACAGAAUGACAGUUCGCUGGGAGCAAAGUUUGAUUCAAACGCAUCUCUUGCUGGAGGAAGACAUUCUGGUAGCUUUGUUCAAGACCGGCAUCUUGACUCGUGAAUUGUGUGUUUAAGAGAUGAGACAGUAGCUCGCUCAAAUCAACCUCAUUCAUGUCUUGUGCAGACAUGUACGAUCGCUAAUCAUGAAUUCAUCUGAUAUUUUCUUAUUCACAUUGUUAAAUGUUCAUGUACAAUCACUAGAUGUGGAUUCACCAAGAUUUUCUUUACAUAUUCAGUUUGAUGAUGGAUGUACAAUUGGUAGGAGCUUGGAAACGGGCCUUUGCUUUUCUGUUAUUUAUAUAAGGCUCUGUCUUUCCUGAUAUCAAUCUUGAUGUGAAUCGCUAUUAUAACAGACAUGGGCCCGAAUUCUCAUAGGUGGUUUUGAAAACCGACGGUUGAGUCCACGGUUUAUGCAGAUUUCCUUUAUAAAUUACACUUAAUUUAGCGCGUAUCGGGCGCAUGUAUGAAGAAUGUCCAAUUCUGAUGCGCGCUUUUGUCACAGGGCGCCAAAUUGACGCCUGUUGCCGUGGUUAUCAACGCUAUUUUAUUCAUG